GGCCUCCAUUGACAGUGACCACACCUAUAUUUCUGGAUAGUACAGCUUGUUCUUGUCAUGUUUUGCCGCUCCAAGAUGGCACAAUGACCUGCCGCCUGCGACAUGUGCGCCGUCCUUCCGUGUGAAUCUUGGUUAUCUGCGGUAGUGUGAUGUAACAACACACAGGGACAGCACGUCUGGACCCCGAGUGCAUAGAACAAUCCGUAGCGAUGCCUGGUACUGAACCAAGAGUAGAAACCCACUUUACCGCCCUCACAGGCUCCGGCUCUCUAAAGCGGGGUUCCGAGAGGAGCAGGUUAUAAUCCUUGAACGCUUUCCUAUCUCAUGGGCUAGACACACGAAAGACAAGACCGUACACCAUGUCAGAUAUCAACCCUUUGGAUGUCUUGGCCAUCAAGAACGUCGUAUCGCGGUAUUGUCAGGCUCUGGAUCUGAAGGACUUCGAUCUGCUGGGCAAGGUCUUCGUACCGGACGUUGAAGCCAGCUACCCCUUCAAUGAAGCCAUACAGAGCCUUGACGAACUGAAGGAUGCGAUCAAGAACCGCCUUGGACCGAUCCGAACACAUCACAACCUCACCACACAGACCAUCACAUUCAGAUCCGAUGCGCAGACGGCCCGGGUAGUGACGUAUUUCCAAGGGGUUCACUUCGGACAAGGUCCCCACGAGGGCAAGAUGCUAUGCGCGUAUGGCAAGUACGUGGACGACAUGGUAAUGCUAGAAACGAAGCAAAGUGACUUCGAUGGUGUGCGCGGUGCAAGUGGUAUCUGGAGGAUCAAGGACAGAACGGUAACCUUCACCCAGCGAAUUGGAGACGAGAAGAUCAUGAAGGAGCAUUGAGGGCUGAAAUAUUGUGAUAGAGACUGCUGUUGCCUUCGCAGCACCUAGCCCACAAAUGAUGAUGGUGC